CCAUGAGUUGGGGGCCAACUCAGUGGCAACCAAUAACAACUCCACUGUGUAGACCAACAGAGAAUUGGGCUCAGACAGAAAAUGGUUAAGAGUAUUGGCUAACCGGGUCAGGGAAGGUAAUUGUGGAUGUCACCUCUCUGGGUCUUUGUCAUUAGGACAAACACACAGGCAGACUUGCAGAUGAUGUGGAAGGGGUGGAGGGCUCAGCCUCUCCCUGCUGGGGAUACCUUGUUCCAGCCUCAGGGCCAGGGCUGAGUUGGACAAGAUGCCCUGCAGCCCUGGUGAAUAUUCAGCUGGUUCUGUCCCCUUUGCUGGCUCCUGCCUAUGCAAACAGCCACCUGGGAAGGGGGGCAGAGGUGGUGGCAGCAGCUGAAGCAGCAGAGGAUAGAAGGUGGGAGAGGAAAGAAGGCAGAGGCUCCCCAGGCUGACGGAGCCACGCUAAGCCCACUAUGGACAGGCGGCUGUGGGGUGCUUCCAUCCUCUGCUUGCUGAACCUCUUACCGACCGCACUGGGUCUUGUGCACCCAGAAUGUGACUUCCUCAUGCAGUUGAGAGAGGAUGAGCAUGUGUGUCUUCAAGCAGCAGAGAGGAUGCCCAACACCACCCUGGGCUGCCCUACCACCUGGGAUGGGCUACUGUGCUGGCCGAAGGCAGGCUCUGGCGAGUGGGUCACUCUUCCCUGCCCAGAUUUCUUCUCUCACUUCAGCUCAGAGUCAGGGGCUGUGAAGCGGGAUUGCACCGUCACGGGCUGGUCGGAGCCCUUCCCGCCUUACCCUGUGGCCUGCCCUGUGCCCCUGGAGCUGCUGGCUGAGGAGAAAUCUUACUUUUCCACGGUGAAGAUCAUCUAUACCAUGGGCCACAGCAUCUCUGUUGUGACACUCUUCGUGGCCAUCGCCAUCCUGGUUGCUCUCAGGAGGCUCCACUGCCCUCGCAACUAUGUCCACACCCAGCUGUUCGCCACCUUUAUCCUCAAAGCAGGAGCCGUGUUCCUGAAGGAUGCCACCCUCUUCCACGGUGACAACACUGACCACUGCAGCUUCUCCACUGCUCUGUGCAAGAUCUCCGUGGCUGCCUCCCAUUUUGCCACCAUGACCAACUUCAGCUGGCUGUUGGCCGAAGCUGUCUACCUGACCUGUCUCUUGGCUUCCACGUCACCCAGUGUGAGGUGCCCCUUCUGGUGGCUGGCUCUUGCUGGCUGGGGGUUUCCAGUGCUCUUCAUUGGGACCUGGGUGGGCUGCAAGUGGGCCUUCGAGGAUAUUGCGUGCUGGGACCUGGACGACAGCUCCCCCUACUGGUGGAUCAUCAAGGGGCCCAUCAUCCUCUCUGUUGGGGUGAACUUUGGGCUUUUUCUGAAUAUUAUUCGCAUCCUGUUGAGGAAACUGGAGCCGGCUCAGGGCAGCCUCCACACUCAGUCUCAGUACUGGCGGCUCUCCAAGUCAACACUUUUCCUCAUCCCUCUGUUUGGAAUUCACUACAUCAUCUUCAACUUCCUGCCUGACAAUGCCGGCCUGGGCCUUCGCCUGCCCCUGGAGCUGGGGCUGGGCUCCUUUCAGGGUUUCAUCGUUGCCAUCCUGUACUGCUUCCUUAACCAAGAGGUGAGGACUGAGAUCUCUCGAAGGUGGCAUGGCCAUGACCCUGAGCUUCUGCCAGCCCGGAGAACCUGUGCCAGAUGUACGAUGCCCUCCAGCUCGGGGGUGAAGGUGCUGACAUCUGUGUGCUAGGUUGGCCACAUGGCAUGACAGGA